AUGUCACUCAAGGAAAAGGCUAAUGCUCUCAGACGAGAUGUCAAUCGCAUCCUCACAGCAGGAGGUGACAUCGCCAUCCCAAUUCUCACAGCCAUCAAUGCUGCAUCCGAUGCAUUCCCUCCCCUAAAAGGUCCCACUAGCGGCGCGCUCUUCAUCUCCAAUGAAGUCCAAAAGUUCAAGUCGGAUAGGAAAGAAUGGGGCGAGUUUGGGAAAUAUGUAGUUGACGUUGUAGCGGAAGUACUAGCGGCCAUCGAGUCCUAUGACACCUCAACGGAAGAAGCAAAACCUUGGCUAGAGAACGCCAAGAAGCUGGAUGACGCGCUUAAACAGAUUACGACCGAAAUGAAACCAAUCGUUGCAAAAAUGGAGAAACGGUCCGCUGUCACCAAUUUCUUCUCACACUUGAAGCAUCCAGGAAGGAUUGACGAUCUCAAGAAAGUCCUCGACAGAGCUUUAGCAUCAUUUCAGCUGAGAACUAACCUGACAACUGGCGCCAAAGUAACAGACAUGGCAAAUAAUCAAGGCCGUUUGAGUCGCAGGCUAGAGAGCGACUCAGUUCUGAGUGAACUGCGAUAUCCGACCAUCGCCCAUCAUGACCCAGUUGAGGGGUGCCUGGAGGGAACUAGAACAAAUCUUAUCGAUCGUAUCAUGACCUGGUGUCGCAACACGCAGGACAGUGCGAGGCGGGUGAUGCUACUGACGGCGGUGGCAGGGGCUGGCAAGACAUCCGUUGCUCAUUCAAUCGCAGAAAGGUGUGCGAGCGAAGGACUACUGUUGUUGACGUUUUUCUUCAAAGCAGGCGAGCAGUCACGGCCGGACCACCUGUUCAGUGGCAUGGCUCGAUCACUAGCAACGCGCGAUUCUUCAUACUGUACUUCCAUUGUAUCCAUUCUUAAGGAUGAUCCAACCCUCACGACUGCACCUUUCACGGUGCAAUUCCAAAAGCUUGUGGCUGAACCUCUCCGUCUGAGGGCAUCGCCCUCCAGUGGUCCUGUGGUGGUCAUCGUUGAUGCUUUGGAUGAGUGUGAGCCGCAAGUCUUCGAAUACCUUGCCGAUAUACUUCGGAAAGAGGUGCCGAGAUUGCCAUCCAACAUCAAAUUCUUCGCCACCUCGAGACAUUUUGAUCUCGUCGAUCGUUUUCUCUCACCUGCUUUCCCAAUCGAACGCCUCGGAAUGGAUCUCUUAGAUAACACAAACAAGCAUGACUGCUCCGUUUACAUCCGCGCACAGCUGCGUGGACUGAAGGAUGCCCAUCCUAGUCUGAGGAGUGAAUUCAUUGAAGCGGAUGCGCUAGUCCACAAGAUAUCGGAGAAGGCGAGUGGCUUGUUCAUUUGGAUCAGCGUUGUCUUCCGCUAUAUGAAGUUGAGCGGGAAGAAUCCGAGGAGAACACUGGAUAGGCUGCUCAACAUAGGUACCAACCGAUCAACGGCUUCUCCUGACGGAAUGAUGGAUGGCCUGUAUACAAGCAUUCUGGACAAGUGUAGUUGGAAGGAUGAAGAUUUUGUCCACGACUACCCAAUUGUUAUGGGAGCGGUCUUAAUUGCCCAACAACCACUGUCUAUCUCAGCAUGGGAUACAAUUUUGUCGCCCUUCCUAAAGUCUUCCAUCCGUGACACAUUAUCUGAGCUUACUCCCCUCCUCUCAUGGGACCCGUAUUCCGACAUGCCGAUUCGUAUCAUUCACCAGUCUUUCCGCGACUUCCUCAUGGGCCAAAUCGAGCCUGAAUCACCCAACUGUCAUCGUUAUGGGGUGGAUCCGACGAGGGUGAAUGCGAAGAUGGCCCUGCGUUUCACUGAAAUCUUGAAUAAGGAUCUUUGCUGUGUGGGGGGUUUGGGGCUGAUUGAAGAUUUGGCUAGAAAGGAUGAACUACCACAUAUCCCUCAAGAGACGCUGUCUGAACAGCUCAGUUACUCAUGUCGGCAUAUCGUGUAUCACCUCAUCAAGGUUCAGGAGCCACCGGAGGAGCUCAGUGGAUCGGUUCGCACAUUCUUGAAUCAGUAUAUAAUGCACUGGGUAGAAGUCUGUGUGAGAACAGAAGGGUACAUCACUGUAUCAUCAUUUCCCGAGUGGGCCAAGUUGAGCAUUAAUCGUUUUUCAAAGGAAGAUAUCCACGCAUUGACUCGAGUGCUUGACAAAGUGGGAGCGAAUGUAGAAUUCUUUUCAAGAUUUCAGGAGGCAUAUGAGUUGGCAAACGAUUGUGUAACACUCUGCCGUUGUCUUGUGUCAGCAGACUCAGAGUCUUACAUGCCAGAUUUGGCCCGAUCACUCCGCAAUCUUAGGGUAUCAUUGCAAAACCUGGGACGUCAUUCCGAGGCGCUCCCUGUGAUCAAAGAAAGUGUGGAGCUGUGGCACGAGCUUGUUGCUGUCGAUCCAACGUCAUACACCCCAGAUUUGGCUCGAUCGCUCAACAAUUUUGGCAUAUCACUCACCAAUCUGGGAUGUCAUUCUGAGGCACUCCCGGCAAAUGAAGAAAGCAUUAAGCUCUGGCGCGAGCUUGUUGCUGUUCACCCGACAUCAUAUACCCCAGAUUUGGCUCAAUCGCUCCACAACCUUAAGGCAUCAUUGGACAAUCUGGGACUUCAUUCCAAGGCACUCCUGGUGAUUGAAGAAAGCGUGAAGCUCUGGCGUGAGCUCGUUGCUGUUCACCCAACAUCAUACACCCCAGAUUUGGCUCAAUCGCUCAUAAGUCUUAACUUUUCAUUGAACCAACUGGGCCGUCAUUCUGAGGCGCUCCCAGUGAUUGAAGAAAGUGUGAGGCUCUGGCGCGAGCUUGUUGCUGUUCACCCAACAUCAUAUACCUCAGAUUUGGCUCGAUCGCUCCGCAACCUUAGGGCAUCAUUGGACAAUCAGGGCCGUCAUUCCGAGGCGCUCCCAGUGAUCGAAGAAGGCGUCAAGCUCUGGCGUGAGCUUGUUGCUGUUCACCCGACAUCAUAUACCCCAGAUUUGGCUCAAUCGCUCCACGACCUUAAGGCAUCAUUGGACAAUCUGGGACUUCAUUCCAAGGCGCUCCAGGUGAUCGAAGAAAGUGUGAAGCUCUGGCGCGAGCUUGUUGCUGUUCACCCAACAUCAUACACCUCAGAUUUGGCUCAAUCGCUCAUAAGUCUUAACUUUUCAUUGAACCAACUGGGCCGCCAUUCUGAGGCGCUCCCAGUGAUCGAAGAAAGUGUCAAGCUCUGGCGUGAGCUUGUUGCUGUUCACCCGACAUCAUAUACUCCAGAUUUGGCUCGAUCGCUCCGCAACCUUAGGGCAUCAUUGAACAAUCAGGGCCGUCAUUCCGAGGCAUACCCAGUGAUCAAAGAAAGUGUGGAGCUCUGGCGCAAGCUCGUUGCUAUUCAAUCGGCAUCAUACACCCCAGAUUUGGCUCAAUCACUCAUAAGUCUUAACUUUUCAUUGGACCAACUGGGCCAUCAUUCCGAGGCGCUCCCAGUGAUCGAAGAAAGUGUCAAGCUCUGGCGUGAGCUUGUUGCUGUUCACCCGACAUCAUAUACCCCAGAUUUAGCUCAAUCGCUCCAUAACCUUAAGGUAUCAUUGGACAAUCUAGGACUUCAUUCCAAGGCGCUCCUGGUGAUCAAAGAAAGCGUGAAGCUCUGGCGUGAGCUCGUUGCUGUUCACCCGACAUCAUACACCCCAGAUUUGGCUCAAUCGCUCAUAAGUCUUAACUUUUCAUUGAACCAACUGGGCCGCCAUUCUGAGGCGCUCCCAGUGAUCGAAGAAAGUGUCAAGCUCUGGCGUGAGCUCGUUGCUGUUCACCCGACAUCAUAUACCCCAGAUUUGGCUCGAUCGCUCCGCAACCUUACGGCAUCAUUGGACAAUCAGGGCCGUCAUUCCGAGGCAUACUCAGUGAUCGAGGAAAGCGUGAAGCUCUGGCGCGAGCUCGUUGCUAUUCACCCGACAUCAUAUACCCCGGAUUUGGCUGGAUCGCUCCGGAAUCUUAAGAUAUCAUUGGACAAUCUGGGCCGUCAUUCUGAGGCGCUCCCAGUGAUCGAAGAAAGUGUGAAGCUCUGGCGCGAGCUCGUUGCUGUUCAUCCGACAUCAUAUACCCCAGAUUUAGCUCAAUCGCUCAUAAGCCUUAACUUUUCAUUGGACCAACUGGGUCGUCAUUCCGAGGCGCUCCCAGUGAUCGAAGAAUGUGUGAAGCUCUGGCGCGAGCUCGUUGCUGUUCACCCGACAUCAUACACCCCAGAUUUGGCUCGAUCACUCCACAAUCUCGCUUGCUCAUUCAAUCUCCUUGGUCGCCCUACCGAUGCUUUGCCUUCCAUAGAAGAAACUAUUUCUCUUUGGCGUUUGCUACACAUUACUCAUCCAACCUCAUAUUCCUCUGAUUUAGCCUUGUCGUUGCGAGUUCUAUCCCGCUUGUUUUCACAGCUGGGACGCUAUACAGAAGCACUUGAUGUGGGCGAAGAGUCGACAUCACACUAUCGUCAACUUCAUUCUCAAUACCCUGACGUCUAUACAAAUCAUCUUCGAUGGUCAUAUUCCUGUAUCGCUGACGCGUUGGAAGGUCUUGGAAGGUAUCAUGAGCUAGCGGCUAUUCGCACUCUCAUGCAAAACUUAUGA